AGAUAAUGCAAUGCUUGGUCAUCACGUGCAAUGCAGUAACUCUAGUUGACUACUUUUUAAAGUCAAUGCAUUAUUCAGUUGCUCAUUCUUCAAACAUGGUUACCAAUUUCAUGGGAACAGCUUUUAUGUUAACCCUUCUUUGGGGGUUUAUUAGUGACUCUUACAUAACAAGGUUCACUACAUUCAUACUUUCUAAUGUCUUACAAAUUUCGGGACUACUCAUGCUAACAUACCAAGCACAAAACCCUAAUUUACAACCACCAGAAAACAAAACACCAUCCUAUGUUCAAGCUCUUUUUCUUUACGUUGGACUUUAUGUUAUAGCCAUAGGAGUUGGUGGAAUCAGGUCUACUUUGGCUGCACAUGGCGCAGAUCAACUUGAUCAAACUAACAAGAGCCUCAUUUCCUCUUACUUCAGUUGGUAUUUUUUUAGUUUAUGUAUAGGAGGUCUUUUGGCAACAAGUGUUAUGGUUUCAAUUGAACAAAAAUAUGGAUGGAGUACAAGUUUCACGAUAAUGGUUUUUGUUUCGAGUUUAGCAUUGUGCACUUUUGUAUCUGGGUUUUCGUUGUAUCAAUAUAAACGCCCUUCUGGAAGUUCCGUGACUCGAAUCAUUCAGGUGACAUACAUUUUUGUACUUGCUGCUUCAAUAAGAAAUGUAAAGGUUUCAACUGCUGGAUGUUUGAAUCAUGAUGUCAUAGAACAAUUGCUUCCUAGAGAGCAAACUCAUGAAAAAUUCAAGGUUUUGAACAAAGCGUUAAUGGAUGAAAAUAUUGAUGUUGCUCAAGUUAAGGAAACAAAAAUUUUCCUAGGACUUCUUCCUAUUUUUCUCAUAACAAUCAUGAUGAACUGUAGUGUAGCACAAAUCAUGACAUUCUCAGUACAACAAGGAAAUCUUAUGGAUAGAAAACUACACAAUUUCAUAAUCCCUGCACAAUCUAUAGCCGUUAUUCCAAUUAUUAUAUCAUUAACAUUCAUAAUCUUAUUUGAGCAAUUCAAACACAUGAAUAAAAAUAAAGGCAAAACAACAAACAAUAAAAUCUAUCAACCACUUUUUAGGAUGGGAAUAGGAUUAGCACUAGUAUCAAUUUCAAUGUUUUUGGCUUCAAUCGUUGAAUCUAAGAGGCUUGAAGCAUUCAAGGAUGGGAAUAAACUUUCUUUGUUUUGGUUACUAUUCCAAUACACUUUAUUAGGAUUAUCUGAUACACUUACAUUGGGAGGAAUGCUUGAAUUUUUCUACUCAGAAGCACCUGAAAGUAUGAGAAGCAUUUGUACAUCAUUGUCUUGGUGUUCAAGCUCUAUGGGGAUGUUUGUGAGUUCUGUGUUGGUGACUAUAAGUAAUUCAAUCAGUGGAAGAUUUGGCAUGGAAUGGUUUGGUGGAAAAGAUUUGAAUCAUUCUAGGUUGGACCUUUUUUAUGCUCUUCUUUGUGGGAUCAACCUUUUUAAUUUUUCCAUUUAUGUUUACUUUGCCAAGAGGUACUAGAUCUCUAGGUAAAUAUAAGUUAGGACUAUGAUGUUAUUAAAUAAAAUAUUUUAGUCACUUAACGACUGAUUGAGGGUUGUACUGUUACAUUACACUUAUAUAUUUCUUAUACAAAUAGUUAUCUAUCA